UAAUCCGUUUGACAACAUAGACAAAUCACGAUGGUUGGUAAAUAUUAGUAAUAAAAAUAUUCCGGAAAGGGUGCUUGAGCUUUUAAGUCUGGGUGAUAAUUUCGGCUUACCAUUACAACAAUCCCAUAAAAAAGAUCGUAUUGACAUUGUACUUGGGACUGUAAAAAAUUUAGAAGCGAACCACCGCCUUAUUUCGAAUGAAUUAAUCGAAACAACUAGAAUCUCAAUUGCAAAUUCCCUCGAGAGAUUUUUAUGUAAGAAUAAACAUAUUAACCAUCUAGACAGAUAUAUUCUCAAAGGAUUCUCUCUUUGUAAGGAAUUUUUGCGUAAUAACGACGAUAUUUUUGUCACUAGAGCGGAUAAAGGUCACGUUACAGUAGUCAUGGAUAAAAAAGAUUACUUGGAAAAAAUGGAAUAUAUGUUGAAUGACCGAUCUACAUACAAAAAAUUGAACAAAGAUCCAAGUAGACAGUUAACUUGCAGAAUUAAUUUACUUAUCAAAUCUUGGCGGGACAAUGGCUUAAUAGAUGAGACCACAUACAAACAUUUAAACAUCACGAACGGGAAUUUGCCACGAUGUUACGGAUUGCCAAAGAUCCAUAAAACUGGUUUUCCACUACGUAUCAUAGUAUCGUCACUAGGCAGUCCGUUGUAUAAUAUAUCGAAGUACAUACACGAUAUUUUACAUAAUUCAAAAUUGCAACCGAAAUCUCACAUAAAAGACGGUUGGUCCUUUGCUGCUGACAUGAAAGAGAAACUUAUUAAUGAUGACGAAAUAAUGAUAUCACUUGACGUUACUGCAUUAUUUACAAACAUUCCUAAAGAGUUAGUUUUGCGCGCUAUCGAAAAACGUUGGAAUGACAUCGCUCCAAACACAAAAUUUAAUUUGCCUCAAUUUUUAUAUGCAGUGGAAGUUAUUCUAGAUUCGACUAGUUUUUCUUUUAAUGGAAAGUUUUAUGAACAGAUCUUUGGCAGCCCUAUGGGGUCUCCGUUAUCACCUAUUUUAGCAGAUAUUGUGAUGGAUGAUUUGGAGACACAUUGUUUGAGUCUACUUGGGUUUGCGGUUCCUGUAUAUUAUAGAUACGUAGAUGAUAUUUUUGCUAUUGUUCCACGUGCAAAUGUUGACGAGAUUAAUUUGAUUUUCAAUAGUUAUCAUCCACGUUUAAAAUUCACACAUGAAAUAGAGUCGGAUUCAUGUAUCAAUUUUUUAAACACCAGUGUUAUCCGUUCCAACGGGAAAAUUUUAACAAACUGGUAUAGAAAAGCUACGUGUUCCGAUAGAUACAUAAAUUUUUAUUCGAGCCAUCCUUUUAAAUAUAAGUUGAACACCAUUUUUAAUCUCGUUGACCAUGCUAUUUUACUAUCUGACGACCAGUUUCAUGGAAAAAUUAUUGAUGUCGUGAAGCAGAUCUUACUUAAUAAUUGUUUUCCGACACACAUUAUAAAUCGUUAUAUUUGUAAGAGACUGAAUUUUUUGAAACACCGGAGCAGUAGCAUUCUAGGUGAUGGGGAAAGUGAUACAGACAAACCCUCCUACAUCGCACUGUCGUUUGUCGAAGGCUUGAGUGACGAUGUUGGUCGGUAGCUUAAAAAUAUGGGAUUUACAGUGGUUUACAAUAUAUCUAAAAAAUUAAAUUCAUUGAUUAAACGCGGCAAGGAUAGUUUGCCUAUUAGCAAUAGAACGGAGGUUGUUUACAAAAUAAAUUGUAAGAAUUGUAGCGCUUCGUAUAUUGGCCAGACAAAAAGACACUUAAGCACCCGAGUCAAGGAACAUUGUAACAAUAUAAAAAUGCACGAAAGUAAUUUAUCCGUAAUUAGCAAACACAAAUUAAAAUUUGAUCAUGACUUCGAUUGGUCAGCGCCUGAUAUUCUACAUAACGAAAAACAUGUAAGAAAGAGAGAAAUAGCUGAAAUGUUUUUUAUUAAAAAAUUUGACAACACUAUUAAUUCCCAAAAAGAUACAGAGAAUUUAAACAACAUAUACGAUAAAUUAAUAAAGGUCGUUUAGUUGAUCUCAGUAUUCCAAACAUAGUGGUUGACACAAUGUCAGUUUGACAUUUCGAUUUUUCUCUUUCUACUUUUUAAUUAUAACUUUCACUUGAUAAGGACCAAAACCAUAUGGUCGAAACGUCGUGAUAUAAUAAUCAAACAAUAAAUUGCCAGUUUGGUCGUAUAAACACUUGUUUAAUAAUUAAUAUACUUAUAACUAAUUAUAUAUAAUUACUCUGUGAUUAUAAUCUGU